ACUGCAGGUCUGUGUUAGGCAAUCCGAAGAAAAACAAAGAAACAGAAGUGAUAGAAGUUGAGCAGCUUCUCCGUUGUUUUUGUGACCAGCUGUUACGCGGAUAUGUGACUUGUCUUUGGGCCAUGCGGGGCUAUUUAGCACCUCAAGAAAACAGUACUUAACUUCGGCAUCGCGAGCAACGAACCCCGACCAGUUCACCGUUAGUGUGGAGCUCACUCUUCGUUUUGGAAGCUAAUACCAGCUAAUACCAAGAUCUACGAACUCUACCUACCUUUAGGCUUAUUACUUUGUUUACUUUAUACCCGCCUGUGCGAGUGGACAUUUUCUUUUUCGCCUUCUUUUUUGCGCUACAUUUUGAAUGUGUUGAACUGACGCUUUCUUAAUUUUGCGACGCUAAAACAAGCGCUUCAACCUUUCACCGAGAGCAGGCUACACUCCGCGCGCUCGCAAGGAUUUCGAGUGAACCGCAGUCAAAAAGAGGAAAAAAAAAAAAAAAGAAAUUCAGCAAAACAAACAAGGCCAUGGUUCAAACAGCAAGCCACGCGCCUACGAACAAGAGUGGCAUCAGGGUGUAUAAAAUCGUGGUCCUGGGUGACGGAGGUGUCGGCAAGAGCGCCCUCACCUUGCAGUUUGUAACGCACAGUUUCUUGGAGUACCACGAUCCCACCAUUGAGGAUGCUUACCAGCAGAAGACUGUUAUUGACGGGGAAGUGGCACUCUUGGAUAUCCUUGACACAGCCGGCCAGAUUGAGUUCACGGCCAUGCGUGACCAGUACAUGCGUUGCGGAGAGGGUUUCGUCAUCUGCUACGCCAUCACAGACCGGAGGAGCUUCGAGGAGGCUGCGGAGUGUCGGAAGCAGAUUGAGCGUGUCCGCUGCUCCGAGUCUGUGCCCAUGGUGCUGGUGGGGAACAAGUGCGACCUAGAAGGCUCCCGACAGGUGUUGACAGAAGAAGGCCAGACCCUGGCCCAGCAGAUCAGCUGCCCUUUCUACGAGACGUCAGCCGCGCUGCGUCACUUCGUGGACGACGUCUUCCACACGCUUGUGCGAGAGAUUCGGCGCCGGGAGAAAGAGCGCCAGUUCCUCUUGCGCCGGGCAGCUCGCAGGAAGGCAUCAAGCGAGCGGUGGCGAGCCUUCAGCCAUGCCUGCCGCUCCCUGCUCUGUCUUCGGGGCGGCCCGGCUUCGUCGUCCUGAAGUGCGGCACCCCUCAUUCCCUUUCUUAAGGAGUCCUGCCACUGUUUUUUCCCGUGUCUCCUGACGAAGCAGAACGCCAAGUUUUCGUCGGGUCUCAAAACAUUUCCUAUAGUCCGGGGUUCCUCUCAUGAUGAGUCAUGUAAGAACGAGACAUUCCAAUGUUUUCUUCACCCAUUAGACGGAUCCUCGCAAUUGAUUUGGCCGUUCUUAACAUGAUGUAGCCAAUCUAGCUGAAGUUCAGUGAUGUUUAGCUGAAUCUUAACUUGAGCCUCAGUAUCGGCUUACCUACAGCCAUUUGGCAUACUACGUCCGAUGUUGUUCCAAGUGUGUCUUUUGUGCCCCAAAGUUGCGUCGCCCUAUAGUGAACAGGCCGAAGAUCCCGCAUUGUUGCUUAAUGAACCGGAGGAUUGUGGGCGAUGGUUAGCCUUGCCCUUGUGGCCUUGGGUCCUGUAUGUGGGUAAUUGUGGUUCUGUAAUAUCAGAAAAAGCCUCUCAUUGUAAUACAUGGAAAAUUGACUGUGUUGCAGAGAUGCGAGAUCUUUUUUUUUUUCACAGUGUUCAUGCUCCUGUAGGCUCGUCGAUGGUGCAUCAAUGAAAAGCUUGGUUCAGAUGUAUCAAUGGGUUCAAUACAGUGGGCAUUUGCUGGCUUGUGGUUAUGUUUUGUUAGUUGGUGGUGCAGCUAACUUGCCUAGCUUUUUUCUUAUGAUUGACUCUGGAACUUGGUGACAGUAAGCUAAAUGGUAUUUGCUUAGGGGCCAAAUACCUCUGAGCUGCCGACUAAGUAGUUUCUGAUUUUGUCAAAAUUUUCUCUUGAUUUUGGGUUUUCACUUUGCUGUUCUGGCAUCUGGAUUUUGUCUUAGCAUUUUUCUAUGCUUUGACUGGGGCCUUUUUGUUAAAGCAGCCUGCCAAAAAGUAUGUUAAGGCAGCCUAGGCAAUGACCAGUCGAGUAGGGGUUUCAUGUCAGACUAUUUAUACCCAAGUUUCAGACAUGUACGUCACUCCGCUUGUGCCGUGUGCUAACGUCGUCGUCGUUAGACUAGUUAAAAAAAGAGAAAGAAAAUAAAGCGAAUCAGAACAUAACAUUUUCCCUUCCCUUGGUUUUUUUUAUUUUUUUAUUUUAUUUAGGGGAGUAAGCUAGAGGAAUAAGUGCAUAAUAUUUUCCCCUUCUCUAUUUUUUUUUAGGGUUAGAAAAAAAAUAAGAAAAAUGCCAAGAUCAAAGAAGAAGAAAUAAAGAAAAACAACACACACACACACGCACAACACAAAACACAAGUCACCGCUUUGCGCAGUUACUUCCGAUCACCGAGAUCCACUGGUCUGUUCAACACACAGUUUCAACACUUUUUUUUUUCUAUAUUAAGUUACUACUUCUGAAGCAAAAUGACGAAAAGAAAAGCAAUUCAGUUCAUCGUGCGGCAUAGGUCCCAUAGCGCUCUGGUGGCCGACGAUCAUGCCCGGAGCGCCUCAGAGGCAUAGGUGUAGGAUGAGCGGUCGAAACCCCCUUUCUUGGUGGCGAGUCUAAGGCUGGACUGCACACAGGCAUUAGCGACCCAGUUUGUUGCUGUCCGUUCCACCUAGGCUGUUGUGGCUGCCAGUUAUGGUGCCUGUGGCUGACGCUAGCAGGGGAAACAGUAACUUUUGAGAACCGACUGCUCUUAAAAGGGUUCAAUGUGUUUUGCCUCUGGCUUUUUUGGUUGGUUUUCAGGGCUGCUGUGAAUUUUGAGGCAUUCCAUACUCGACCGCCUUCCAAUUGGAACAUCCACCGACCUACGCGCUUUAUGAUGCGCUGUGGUGGUCCGAAGGUCGGCUCUCCUUUGGGGACUUUUCCUGGUCGCUUCACUCGAACCCAGUCUCCAACACAAAAUCUCGGGGUCUUCGCUGCUCGACGCUGGUCUGUGUACCUUUUGGUGUGUUCCUGCCUCUGCUGUACUCAUUGACGCCGCCAUUACGGCUCCUCGAAAGGAUUUUGCAGGAACUGCGCCGAUGACAGCCCGAGGAUGUUGAGCCGGGUCCGUAGCUUGCGUCGAUGCAGCAGAAGGGCAGGAGAAAGUCCAGUGGUGGCAGGGGGCGUGCAGCGGUAUAUCAUCAAGUAGUCGACGAGUGAAGAGCGGAUGUUACUUCAUUCAAUGGCGCCACACUGAAGGAAGCCCUUCAGUCUACGGUUGAAGUGUUCGACCUGCCCGUUGGACAGGGGGUAGUAAGCAGAAACCAGGUGGUGCUUUAUACCGCGAUACUGUCUGGGUACCUUUCUCCGGCAAAGAUGGCUCGCAGAAAAAUCCGUCGCCCUUCCGGUUGUGACAUUUGGGCAGAACUGGACUUCUGGCUGCUUUAAAAAGUAGUCAACAAGCGUAAUGACGAAGCGACAAGCUGGCUUCGCCCGCUCAAAUGGACCCACAAUGUCAAUGCCCACCUUAGACCAAGGUCGCUCUGGCAAGGGCACUGGCUAUAGGGGAGUUGUCGACGUCUUGGCAGUCUUGUCCGAGCUACUGCAGACCUUGCAGGUGGAGACCGCAGCACGUACUUCUGCAUUCAUUCAGGGCCACCAGUAGAGCUCUCGAAGGCGUGCCUGUGUCUCCACGAGGCCAGUGUGUCCUUCAUGUGCUCGUGAGAUUGCCGCGUGACGCAUAGUUGUGGGGAUGACGAACUGGUCACCACGGAGCAGGAGCCCGUCGUUGAACAAGAGAGCCUCUUGCAGGUCGUAGAAAAUGGUCUCAUUCGAAGAUAAACUGUUUCAUAGGGGCCAAUCUGAGGUUACAUAGCCCAUGACAGCGGUGGGUCAUCCGCCGUCUCCUGUUGCAGCUGUUGUUUUGUGAUGCACUCGUCGUCCAGAGCGACGAAGGAGAUGAUCUCGUCGUCGAAGUCCACUCCCCCCUCAUCGGUCGGCAUGGGCAGGCGGGACAGGGCAUCAGCUACCCCGUUCUCCGCUCCUCGCUGGUAUUCCACCGUCAAGUUGUACUUCAGCAGACGAUGGGACCAACGUGUGAUUCGUAGCGGGCGAUGUCCUGCUCCCCCAGUGUUAACAUCGUCGUCGUUAGACUAGCUAAAAAAGAAAAAAAAGUAAGAAAAUGAAGCGAAUCAGAACAUAACACUUUUCUAACUUUGAGGCAGAUGAAGGAGUUGGUAUCUCUCUGACACUGCAGAAAGCUUUCUGAGCUCGGAAUAGUUUGGUAUUGCAUCUCUUCUGCAGCACGACCAAGGAUACCUGGAAGUGCAAGGCAGGGUUUGAACCUGUCUAUAAUGCGACCUGUGGGAGACCUGAAGCUGUUAAAAUUUUUUGGGUUGUUCACAUCUUCUUCAAAAUGUGAUAAAACUGUCAAUAUUUAUCGAAGACCUUGUAUUCACUCUGUUUUCUGACCUGCUCCAUAUAUGCAAUCCUUUGGAAGAUUGUGCCAAGAUCAAUUUACUUGAGGGAUUUAGCAGUCAUGCCUGUAGCCUUGUAGAUGUCCUGUUUCAACCAAUACUUAUGUUUUCUCUUCAAAGAAGUGAUGAUGCUAUGGCUGUUGAUGCAAUAGGAAAACAUUCUCAUUUGAACAUUAUGGCUAAUCUCGACCGAUGGCACUCUUUUUUAAAAUUUUUGUAUUAGAUAUGGACGAAAAACUCCAAUCAAGUUCCCUUGUUUGACAUGGUGGGUGUAACAGCUUCAAAAAACGAGGACUAUAAAAGGAACCGACACGACGGGACAACAGUUGUACUCUCAACUGAAAGGUUUUAUUUGAAAAGGAAAAGAGAACACAUACGUGUGUGUUCUUUUCCUUUUCAAAUAAAACCUUUCAGCUGCGAGCAAGUACAGCUGUUGUCCUGUCGUGUCUUUUCCUUUUAUCGUCCUCAUUUUUUGAAGCUGUUACACCCACCAUGUCAAACAUUUACAAACUCGCCCAUUUCAACACCUUGUUAAAGUUCCCUUGUCUUUGUCCAUAAACAUUUUCUUGAUCAAAAAGUUGGUGGCAGCAGCCUUUUUAGAACAAAUAAGUAGUUUGGCUAAAGCUGUUGGUUGAGUCUGAAUCUGAUGGUAGAGUGAAUGCUUGUCCUUUUUUCGUAGUCUCUACCAGUAUGAACGACCCACUUGGAGUGCAUGGCCGAGACGGUAUCCGGUAAGGGCGUGGCGUGUGUUGUGGACUGUUCCAUGUCAUUCUGGCGGGAGCGAAACUCGAUAAUGCAGACAAGCUGAACCAGUGCGCACCAAGUAAGCGGCUUUGCUCCCCUCUGAGGAUAUGGAACUGCCCAGAGCAAGAGCAGCACCCCCACUAGCUGCCAUUCCGGCCACAUGCUCGGCGUGGGCCUUUUGUGUGUGUGGAGACAACUUUUGGUGGUAAUUUUGAAGCAACCACUUGGCCUUCUAUACAAUAUCCUGUAUGUCUUCCAAACCUGACAGCGUUUUGGAGGCAAAUUAUUCCGCAUUCAUUAAAGGAGCGUGUAAUAUGGUUAUUGCCAUGGGUAAAGCAUGUGCGCUGCCAGGAAAUGCAGCUUGUGUUAACAAAGAAAAAAAAACGGAAAUGUCACAUUUGCAGAAGAUUGUGCGCAACUUUGUACGAGACUAUGACCUUGUGCUGUUGGUUGGUUGUGACACAGUUUUCAUGUUUUGCCCUUGUUGGCUUACUGUAGCCUAGUCUCAUUUUUUGUAAAGUUAUUUUUUAUGUUUUGCUCUUGCUGCAUUUUGUUGUUGGAAGUAGGCUGCAUCAGCUCUUUUGAAAGUACCCAGUAUUUACCAGUUAUGAUGUCGAGCAUGUAAGUAGCUAUUUACAGAUAUACUGCGCAAGGCAUUCUCCCAACUAGCUUUUGUGGCAAUGUCGUGCAGCAUUCAAAUUCUAUUCUAAGUCACCAUCGCCUCUGCUUGUGAGUUGCUGUUUUAAACAAAAGCACUAUUUACCCGUGCCCUUCAAGGCCAUCUGCAUGAAGUACCCUAGUAUUAUUUAUUAGCAUUCUUUUAGUGGUGCACCUGUGUUUUCUCAUGGGUGUUCAAGCACAUUGUGAAGGCUUGUCAACGCCAGUAUAUUGUACUGUUUUUAGACAGAUAUAUCUGGGUAAGCUGGGUACCAGCGUGCGCUCGUAAUCUUUGAUAAUGUGGGCCAACAUUUGUCUGUUUCGGGUACAUUGCAGUGGUCCCACAAUUGCUAGUUCUGUAGUUGGUGUACAUUUUAUGUUUGGGAUAUAAAGGAAUGUGAAUUUUUUCA